UUCAUCUGCUCUCUUCUUCUUCUUCUUCACUGAGCGUGUCUCAUGCGAUUCCAGCAAAGGGGAAACAAAAAGAAACCAAAAAAAUACCCACACUUUGCGCGAUCGGCACGCAAUUUUACUUCCAAAAUCCUGAGCGGACGACGAUUCCGCCUUCACGGAAAUCAGCAGGUUUACAAUUUGAGCUCUCAAUCGCUCCAAUCUGUUCAGGACAUAUCCCUCUAACAGGUUGGUGCCCUCUCUUUUUCUUAAAACCCUUCCGGCACUUAAAAUUUAUUGCUGGAUUUCGUUUUUACUCAAUCGAAACCAAAAAAGCCAGCUAUUUUGCCAUCUGGGUGCCAUUUUAGGGUUUUAAGGGUUUGUCAAUGGCGGACCAGCCGGUUUCGAAUAUCUACGAGCCUGCUUCCCAGGGUCAUGGCGACGCGUACACUUUUCUGGAGUUCAAUACGCAGGGAGACGAUUUCGAUUACCCAGAAUUUACAGAACUCAGCCAGCCCAUCAGGCCACCCGUUUGGGCCGACGGGUCGCAACCCACCGAUGGAAAUGAUCUAAUGGGUGUUGUCAAUUCUGGAAUUAAUCUCGGCACAGAUGUUUCGAACGAUGGUAAACCGAGGAACAACCUUAACCAGGUGGGUAUAGGGGCCGAUGCGCUUGUGGAUAAUAUGAGAAGCCUUAAUUUCGAGGAUGCAGGGUGCGAGGACGAUGGCAAUGAUUAUUCUAAGAGGGAUACUCCCGAACACGCCUGUAAAUAUUGCGGGAUUCAUAACCCCGCAUGUAUUGUUCGCUGUAAUGUACCGUCAUGCAGGAAGUGGUUCUGCAACUCCAGGGGGAAUACUUCAGGUUCUCACAUUGUCAGUCACCUGGUUCGAGCAAAACACAAGGAAGUUUGCCUUCAUAAAGACAGUCCCUUAGGGGACACUAUUCUGGAGUGCUAUAAUUGUGGCUGCCGAAAUGUGUUCUUAUUGGGAUUUAUCUCUGCUAAGACAGAGAGCGUUGUAGUUCUAUUAUGCAGGGAACCUUGCUUGAGUGUCAAUGCUCUAAAGGACAUGAAUUGGGAUCUUAGCCAGUGGUUACCAUUGAUUGAUGAUAGAUGCUUCCUCCAGUGGCUUGUGAAGGUCCCUUCAGAGCAGGAACAACUGAGAGCACGCCAUGUUACCGCACAACAAAUUAACAAACUAGAAGAGCUUUGGAAAACAAGCCCUGAAGCUACUCUCGAAGAUCUUGAGAAACCUGGAGUAGAUGAUGAGCCUCAGUCAGUUGCUUUAAAGUAUGAAGAUGCAUAUCAGUACCAAAAUGUUUUUGCACCCUUGGUGAAACUUGAGGCAGACUAUGACAAGAUGAUGAAAGAAUCUCAGAGUAAAGACAAUAUAACUGUUCGCUGGGAUAUUGGUCUCAAUAAGAAGCGUAUAGCAUAUUUUGUAUUUCCAAAGGAGGAUAAUGAACUACGUCUGGUACCCGGCGAUGAGUUGCGCCUGCGUUAUUCCGGGGAUGCAAAUCACCCUGCCUGGCAGUCUGUUGGGCAUGUGAUUAAGCUGACUGCACAAGAGGAGGUUGCACUUGAGCUGCGGGCCAGUCAGGGUGUUCCUAUUGAUGUCAUCCAUAAUUAUAGUGUAGAUUUUGUGUGGAAAAGUACAAGCUUUGAUCGAAUGCAAACAGCAAUGAAAACAUUUGCUGUAGAUGAGACUAGUGUUAGCGGUUAUAUAUAUCACCGCUUGCUAGGACAUGAAGUUGAGGAUCCUAUGGUUCGUAAUACUUUACCACGUCGCUUUGGGGCGCCUGGCUUGCCUGAACUAAAUGCAUCUCAGGUCAGUGCUGUCAAGAGUGUUUUACAAAAACCUGUGAGUUUGAUUCAAGGUCCUCCUGGAACGGGAAAAACUGUUACAUCUGCUGCUAUUGUAUAUCAUUUAGCAAAGCAGGGUCAAGGCCAGGUCUUGGUUUGUGCUCCUAGUAAUGUGGCUGUUGAUCAACUUGCUGAAAAAAUUAGUGCUACAGGUUUAAAGGUUGUCAGGCUAUGUGCCAAAUCAAGGGAGGCAGUGAGUUCUCCAGUUGAACACCUAACACUUCAUUACCAGGUUAGGCACCUAGAUACUUCAGACAAGAGUGAAUUGCAUAAACUUCAGCAAUUGAAAGAUGAACAAGGGGAACUAUCAAGUGCUGAUGAAAAGAAGUAUAAGGCAUUGAAGAGAGCAACAGAGAGAGAGAUAGCUCAGAGUGCUGAUGUCAUUUGCUCUACCUGUGUUGGUGCUGGUGACCCUCGACUAUCAAACUUCAGGUUUCGUCAGGUCCUCAUUGAUGAGUCCACACAAGCCACUGAACCUGAGUGCCUAAUUCCAUUAGUUCUUGGAGCAAAGCAGGUUGUACUAGUUGGGGAUCACUGUCAACUUGGUCCUGUGAUAAUGUGCAAGAAGGCAGCUCGUGCUGGUCUUGCACAGUCUUUGUUUGAGCGACUUGUACUCUUGGGUGUUAAGCCUUUCAGAUUAGAGGUUCAAUAUCGUAUGCAUCCAUCUUUGUCUGAAUUCCCUUCAAACAACUUCUAUGAAGGCACACUUCAGAAUGGUGUAACUGUAAUCGAGAGACAAUUAACUGGAAUUGAUUUUCCAUGGCCUGUGCCGAAUAGACCCAUGUUCUUUUAUGUGCAGAUGGGGCAAGAAGAGAUAAGUGCAAGUGGCACAUCUUAUCUUAAUAGAACCGAAUCUGCAAAUGUGGAGAAGAUCGUAACAACUUUUUUGAGAAGUGGUGUAAUUCCUGGCCAGAUUGGGGUGAUCACACCAUAUGAAGGACAGCGGGCAUACAUUGUUAAUCACAUGGCCAGGCAUGGCGCAUUGCGUCAACAGCUUUAUAAGGAAAUUGAGGUUGCAAGUGUAGAUUCAUUUCAGGGCCGUGAAAAAGAUUAUAUAAUAUUGUCUUGCGUAAGGAGCAAUGAGCAUCAGGGUAUUGGAUUUUUGAAUGACCCCAGAAGGCUGAAUGUUGCACUUACACGAGCUCGCUAUGGUAUUGUUGUUUUGGGAAAUCCCAAGGUUUUAAGUAAGCAACCCCUUUGGAAUGGUUUACUCUCUCAUUAUAAGGAAUAUGAGUGCUUAGUAGAAGGGCCACUGAACAAUCUAAAGCAGAGCAUGGUACAGUUUCAGAAACCAAAGAAGAUUUACAAUGACCGAAGAAUUUUCCCUGGGGGUGGGCCAACUAAUGUUCCUGAUAGCUUCACUGGUGGGGUAGUGAAUGAUAAAAGGAAUCCUCGCGCAAGAGGCAAUUCAUUCAUGCCAUUUGGGCAGUUACCCAAUGGCAGUCACAAAUCUGGGGUGCACCCAUCAGGCUUUCCUUUUCCACGGGUUCCUGUUCCACCAUACCCUGGAGCACCACUUGGUCAACCUUACGCAAUUCCUUCACGAGGUGGUGUCCAUGGAGCAAUAGGUGUUCCUCAAGGGCCACAGACAGGUAACAGAGGAUUUGGUGCAGGGCGUGGAAGUGCAGGUGGUCCCAUUGGGGGGCAUUUACCACAUCAAGGAUCGCGUCAACCAAUUGGAAGUAUAGGAUCUGGUUUCAACUUUGCUGGUCUUGAAAAUCCAGCAAGCCAGACUUUAGUUGGAGGUCCGCUGUCUCAAACUGGAUUAUUGACUCAGUUGCCAAAUCAAGGAUUGAGUCAAAGCUUACGAGAUGGCUUUUCUCUUGGGGAUAUGUCUCAGGAUUUUCUUGGGGAUGAUUUCAAGAGUCAAGGAUCUCAUGUGGCUUACAACGUAGCGGACUUCAAUACUCAGGCAUCCCAAGGUGGAUAUGGUGUUGAGUAUGUCACUCAAAACACGCAAGGUGCCUUCCCUGGAGACUUUAUGAAUCAGAAUUCUCAGAGUGGGUACUCAGUAUCGAAUACUGGAAAUGACUUCAUUUCUCAGGACUAUAUGCCACAUGGGUCUCAGGGCCUCUUUACUCAGGUAGGUUUUAAUGAUCGCUCACAGGAUGAGUCAUCACAGUCUCACUUUGGCUUAGCUGGACCACUUCAGUCACAGGGGCCACUUAAUCUGUACUCACAACCAUUUACUCAGUAUGCCCACCCACUGAACCAGCAAGCCCAGCAGCAGCAGGCACAGCAACAAGUUCCUCCGAAUCAGAGGCAUCGGUAGAAUGUUAUUUAUAUGCAAUGUCGUGAAGGAAUAGCGACUGGUCUUUGUGUUUGGCCUUCUUAGGGUGCCUGUGGUCCUGAAUGAGGCUUUCACCAAUUUCGGGCAGCAGGACUUGCCAGGUUGCAACUGCUUAUAUUGUAUGACUGCACCAUUCAGGCGGUGGGGGUAUCUGAUCUUUUUUAAAACAUAAAAGAAGCAAACUACAAGUGUUCUUCCCAGUGGUGCCAGUUGUGGCAAAAUAUUUUUGUUGGGCUUCAGAUUUUGGGUUUUGCCCUGUCUUGAGAUAUUGAACUGGUGAAAUGUGCUCUAACAUUCUCAAAAUUUUAACCUCUUUAUGGAUGAGGAGUCUUUGCACGAGUGUUUGGCCCAACUUGACAGCAUGUAAAAUAACUUCAGGUACAUCCUUGUAUUCUUGUAACUGGUAGGGAUUUUGCUGGCCAUUUUGAGAGCCAUCGCUGCGAUGUUGAAGUCCUUUCAGUCUACUUGCACGCAUGCUUUAGUACAGUAGUGUUGAUUCCGUAGUGUCUGAUCAUGAUGUAAUUAGUGAUUUAUAACCUAAUUACAUCAUUAUUACAAAGCCCACAUGACAAGGAUGGUUUCUGUCAAAUAAUGUUCGAAGCAUUGAUUGUUUGCUAACCAUGACUUUUACACAAGGGAAUGUACUAUUAUUGGAUCAGAAUCUGGGGUUUGGGUUGUCGUUUGUGGACAUAUUCAUUUCGUGGGAACUAUGACAUUGCUUCUGGUGUUACAGGAUGAUAUAUGACUGCUAUGAUGGCACUGCAUAAUUUUGCAGGCCGUACGCUAUAUAAAGAAAUGUGGGCUAAAUUAUAAAUGGAAAUUGAGAUGUGGUCUUUACUAUGA